UUUUCGUUUACAAGAUUAUUUGUCACGUGGUAGGUUUUUGAUUUGAUUUUUUUAUUGGCCCAGUUUCAGAUUGGAAUAUAGAUGGUGUAGUUUCGAAGGAAGAGUUUGAUGAGCCGCCUGUGAUGGCGCCUGUUGUACCGAUGGUUCCAAUGAUGUUCCCUAUGGUAAUGGCACCUGUGGAACCAACGCCGAACAUCCAAGAGGACUGGGCCCAAGAAGGGUAUUGUCUGUAUUUGUGUAAGGACAACUUUGAAGCUUUCAACGACAAGCAAGGGCAAUAUUUGAAAGACUUUAUAGUGAAAAGUAUAAUAGAGGCUUCAGAAACGAGUAAUGACAGUUGGACGCCAGAUUUAACGUUGAGGGGUGUGCAGAAAGAUACGCGAUAUGUGGUGUGGACCAGUGAUGAAUUGUCUAGGAAUUGGUUGUUAAAGCUGGAUUUUUCGAAAUUCAGCUAUUUUAAUGUAAUCAUUUAUACAUCAGAGGAUUAUGUAGACGAGCGUGCCGCCAUUUGGCUUCCGGGACAUACGAAAACAAGAGGUAUGCCACCAUUGAAGAAACUUGUAAUGCAGAAUAGACAUUUAAGCAAUGUUAAUAUCCAAACGUGGAAAUUAGUUCGGGAGAUCGUCAUCGAGAAGGGAACGAGGUUGUACGUUGAUAUGCCUCCGUCUUCGGCGCGGGCUUUGGAAAAGCAUAAAAUGACUUUAAGCUACGAACUUCAGAAAGUUCAAGUGUUCCUGAGAGCGGUAGCAAUCGACACGGAUGCAUUUGAUGCCGGCCUCGAAGAGAUUUCAUCAGCAGUUUCUACAAAUCUAUAUCAAAAGAAUGCCCCGAUGCCAGCUAUCGACUCUGAAGCUCCUCACGUAAUUAAACUGUGUCUAGACAAUACUCCAGUUAGCGUGUCCACCGCUCGCAAGAUAAAAGAAGAAUUGAUAUCGCAAAUGUAUAAAUAUAUCAAAGACGGCGGUAAAAGUAGAAUGGAUUUUCUCAAAUACGGAUACUGUAAGCCAGGUUACUUUUGCGUUAUUCCUGAAAAUACUGAAACAGCAAAAUGGGUGAAGACUCAACGUAUGCGUAGAUUCAAUAACCACAUGAUUACGGUUUGCGAAGCGGAAAAGGUAAGCGUUAAAUAUAUUACGAUGACGUGUCUGUUGCCGUAUGACCAGACCUUGACUCCGAAAAAGGUAGUUGAAAAUUUCAAGAUGUCCAAUCGUGGUGUGAAAGGACUCAAGUUCAAUUUGUGGAAGAAUGGACGAGUUUUCACAACGAAAAAUAAUACAAAAACUCUUUAUCGCGCUGACGUGGAUCUUGAGUCUGUGGAUACACUUAUGAAAUUAAACUUUUCUCUCGAUUACUCAAAAGACAAUCGCAAAAGUGAAACUGUUAUAAUGAAAUAUCAUUAUAAAGUUCCUAACCUUAAAGAUAUGAUUAAAAGAUUUAAAGAAGAAACGACAGAUACCCUCCGCGUUACCAAUAUGGAGAUAUCGUCUGAAGAUGAAGAUAUAAUUUGUCUAGAGUAACAACAUGUUUAUCUUUUGUUAGAACUUAAAAAUUACGUUAAAUAAUUGUAAGCCAAGUAAAUUAAAGUUAUUACUUAAAGCAA